UUCUCCUCUCGCUUUUUCUCUCCAUCAUCUUCAACCCUUCUUCGCUCUCACUCCACCUCUCUCUCUCUGCAUUGUCCUGUUCCAGUUAAACCUCUCCGUUCCAGUACAGCGAAUCGGUGCCUGAUUCCUUCUGACGGUUUUCCCUAUCGAUCUGGACCGGCAGUUUGGGCUGGACCGCCGCGAUGAGCUCGCAGGGGCUCAAAUCCUCCCGCGCCUCGCGGCCUUCUGCCCAAUCCUCGCCGGCGCCGCCCGUGUCCCGAUCCUCCUCCUCCUCCGCGGCUGCGGCGGCCAAUGCGGCCCCCGGCGGCGGCGCCCCCUCGUCGGUGUCUUCCCACCUCGCCAUGGUCGAGCUCAAGCAGCGGAUCCUCACCUCGCUGUCCAAGCUCUCCGACCGCGACACCCACCAGAUCGCUGUCUCCGAUCUUGAGUCCACCAUCCAGUCCGUCUCCCACGACGCCAUCCCCAUGCUCCUCAACUGCCUCUUCGAUUCCUGCAACGAUUCCAAGCCCUCCGUCAAGAAGGAGUCCAUUCGCUUGGUCACCGUGUUGGCGUCCAGCCACCCGGAUUAUACAUUCAGCCACUUGACCAAAGUCGUGGCCCAGCUGAGUCGGCGGCUCAAGGACAACGAUUCUGGCGUCAGAGAUGCAUGUAAGGAUGCGGUUGGUGCCUUGUCAACACAGUACUUGAGGAAUGAGGGCGUGGUGGGGCUAUUCGUGAAGCCAUUGUUCGAGGCGAUGGGGGAACAGAGCAAAGGCGUGCAAUCUGGGGCAGCAUCGUGCCUGGCAAAGGUGGUGGAGUGCGCAGCUGAUCCACCUGUGCCAGCAUUUCAGAAGAUGUGUCCCCGGAUCUGCAAGCUCCUAAAUAACCCUAAUUUCUUGGCGAAGGCUGCACUCUUGCCUGUCGUGUCGAAUUUGUCACAGGCUGGGGCUAUUGCUCCGCAGAGCAUGGAGUCUUUGCUUCAAGGUCUUCAUGAAUGCCUUGGCAGUGCAGAUUGGGCAACACGAAAAGCUGCAGCUGAGGCUUUGACUGCCUUGGCAUUGCAUUCAAGUGACUUGAUUACGGAUGGAGCUGCUAAUACAAUAACUGCACUUGAGGGUUGCCGCUUUGACAAGAUAAAGCCUGUGAGAGAUAGCAUGAUGGAGGCUUUGCAGUUGUGGAAGAAGAAUUUUGGUAAAGAAGAUGGAGGGUCUGAUGAACAAAAGUCCGUUUCUCAUGAGAAUGAGAAUCCUGAAUCAAUCGAGAUGUUGGAGAAAGAUGACCGGAAAAACAUGAACCCUUGCGAGAAAAAAGAGCCAUCUCUGAAGGAUUCUUCUAACAGUACUUCUCUGACUCCGGACUCUAAGGCCAAAGGGUGUAGCAUUCAAGACAAAGCAGUUGUCAUAUUGAAGAAGAAGGCACCAGCAAUAACUGAUAAAGACCUUAAUCCAGAAUUUUUCCAGAAACUGGAAACACAAGGUUCCACUGAUUUACCUGUAGAGGUAGCUGUACCCCGCAGAUAUCUUGAUUCUUCAAAUAGUAAUAAUGAGGAUGGAUCAGGGGUAAAUGGCAUAGAUGUAAAAGGAAGGAUGAAUCGCUUGGGUAACAAUCAGUUGGAUGAAUUUCAUGGAGCUUCUAAUGAUAGAUAUGGUAACAUUGACAGUGGAAUGGCUAGUAUGUAUUCAAAGCAAAGAGAUGACUAUGACCCUGCACGUGAUCGAUGGCCGGAUGACAGGAUAAAUGGAAAAGAUUCCAGAACGAGAGCCCUAGAUGAUGAUAAGAUUGAAAUGAGUCAGAGGGGGUCAUAUUCAGACCGACCAACUUUUGCCAGACCUGAUGGUCAGUCUGAAGGAUCCAUGGUCAGCAAUAAAGGAAACUGGAUGGGCAUCCAAAGGCAGUUGCUGCAGUUGGAGAGGCAACAAGCUCAUCUCAUGAGUAUGCUGCAGGACUUUAUGGGUGGAUCUCAUAAUAGCAUGGUGACUCUAGAAAACAGAGUCAGAGGUCUUGAAAGGGUUGUGGAGGACAUGGCGCGAGAUUUGUCAAUAUCAUCAGGGAGGAGAGGUUCUACAUUUUCCUUGGGGUUUGAAGGAGCAUCUGGUCGGCCUUUAGGGAAACUUAAUGGCUUUGCUGACUACCCAAGUGCGAAAUUCGGACGGAGUGGUGAUGGUCGGAUUUCUCUGGGAGAAAGAUACGCUCAAUCUGAAGGAACUAAUUCGAGCAUCAGGGGAAGAAAUCCAUUGUGGAGAUCUGAUGUACCUGAGACUUGGGAUUUCCCCCCAUUAACUAGUUCCAAAAGUGGGCAAAAUGGCUCACGAAGAGCUCUGGGUGGUGGAUCCUCUGACGGUAGAAUGUCUAAACCUGACCUUGAAGGUGAAAAUGUAGGCAACAGGAGAGCUUGGGAUAAAGGUGCUGGACCAGUUAGGCAUGGUGAAGGGCCUUCCGCCAGAAGCGUCUGGCAAGCUUCGAAAGAUGAAGCUACACUAGAAGCAAUUCGAGUAGCUGGGGAGGAUGGUGGAAUUUCUCGCACAGCGAGAGUGGCUAUCCCUGAGCUUACUGCAGAAGCUAUUGGAGAUGAAAAUGUUAGGCAAGAGCGGGACCCUGUCUGGGCUGCUUGGAGUAAUGCAAUGGAUGCCCUUCAAGUUGGUGAUACUGAUUCGGCGUAUGCAGAAGUUUUGUCCACCGGGGAUGAUUUCUUACUUGUAAAGCUGAUGGAUAGAUCAGGACCUGUUAUCGAUCAACUCUCCGUUGAAGUGGCAAGUGAGAUACUUCAUGCCAUUGCACAGUUUCUUCCAGAGCAGAACUUGUUCGACAUUUGUUUAUUAUGGAUACAACAGGUGUUGGAAAUGGUGCUGGAGAAUGGACCUAACAGUGUGGAUAUUCCCAUGGAGGUCAAGAAAGAGCUAUUGUUGAACUUACACGAGACAUCCUCAACUUUGGACCCCUCGGACGAAUGGGAAGGAGCGACACCUGAACAGCUUCUAUUGCAGCUGGCAUCUGCUUGGGAAAUUGAUCUGCAACACCAUGAUAAAUAGCCAUUGAUGUUGUAAACUAAGGUAUUGAAUUUUGCUGCUUGAUGUUGAGGUCAUCGUUACAUGGAUCAUUGAAAACAUACGGCUUGGAAAAUAUCAGGAAUGUAUUUCAAUUUCAUCUUUGUGACGGGAAUGUACUCAAUGCAGUUCUCCAACACAGUUCCAACAGAUGCCUAAAAUGCGUUGACUCUUUGAAA